AUGGCAGGACAGGAUGUGGGGGCCCCACCCGAUCGCCUCUGGGUUCACCAAGAGGGUGUCUACCGCGACGAGUACCAGCGCACGUGGGUGGCCGUCCUGGAAGAGGAGACGAGCUUCCUAAGGGCCCGAGUUCAGCAAGUUCAGGUUCCUUUAGGUGAUGCAGCCAGGCCAAGCCACCUUCUCACCUCCCAGCUACCUCUCAUGUGGCAACUCUACCCUGAGGAGCGCUACAUGGACAACAACUCUCGCUUGUGGCAAAUCCAGCAUCAUUUAAUGGUCAGGGGCGUACAGGAGCUGUUGCUUAAGCUUUUGCCUGAUGAUUAA